AUGAUCGUCUGUGCCGCGGUCGUGGGCCCUCAGAACAACCCGCUGUUCCUGGAGACUUACGUGCCCGCUGACGACGAGGCCAAAUUUCACUGCAUCGUGCACUGCUCACUGGACGCCGUGGAGGAGAAGGUCCUGCUUCGGCGCGCCCCCGGGGAGGUGCCCGACCUGUACCUGGGCCUGCUGUACCCAACAGAGGAGUAUCGCGUCUAUGGCUAUAUAACCAACAGCCACACCAAGUUUGUGGUGGUCCUGGACGAGUUCAGCCCCAGGGAGGACCUGCUCACAAAGGUGUUCAAGGCGCUGCACAGCGCGUACGUCGACGCAGCCAGCAACCCCUUCUUCACCGUUGGCUUGCCGCUAACGGCGCCCUCUUUCGCGGGGGAGGUGGCCGCGGUAGUGCGUGGAUACGCACAACAGCUGGCGCAGCCCUGA